AUGAUUUUUAUCAUAUUGUUUUUCACUUUUGUACCAGUUCAGUUAGAUAGCGCGCGCGAGCGCAUCGUGGAUCGAAUGGAGAACGUGACACACACCGUGACGCGCAUCCUGGAUGGCUAUGACAUACGACUCAGACCUAACUUCGGGGGAGACCCACUGUACGUCGGCAUGGAUCUGACGAUCGCCAGUUUUGAUGCCAUUUCAGAAGUCAAUAUGGACUACACAAUAACCCUUUAUCUGAAUCAGUAUUGGAAAGAUGAAAGGUUGGAGUUUGGCUUAACCGAAGAAGUCCUCACUCUCUCUGGAGAUUUUGCCGAUCGGAUUUGGGUGCCGGAUACGUUUUUUGCCAAUGAUAAGAACAGUUUUCUGCAUGAUGUGACCGAGCGUAACAAAUUAGUCCGUCUUGGCGGAGAUGGCAGCAUCACAUAUGGAAUGCGGUUCACCGCAACCCUGGCCUGCAUGAUGGACCUCCAUUACUACCCCUUGGACAGCCAGAACUGCACCGUCGAGAUUGAAAGCUAUGGGUACACUGUAUCUGACGUUGUGAUGUAUUGGAAAGACACACCGGUGCGAGGGGUGGAGGACGCGGAACUUCCUCAGUUCUCGAUACUGGGCCACGGAACGAAUGACAGGAAGGAGAAGUUAGCGACAGGCAUCUAUCAGCGUUUAUCACUAAGUUUCAAGCUGCGACGGAAUAUUGGGUACUUCGUCUUCCAAACUUACCUGCCGUGUAUCUUGAUUGUGAUGCUGUCUUGGGUUUCGUUUUGGAUUAAUCAUGAGGCCACGUCCGCUAGGGUUGCUUUAGGCAUAACAACGGUUCUGACGAUGACAACAAUAAGCACUGGGGUGCGGAGCAGUCUGCCUCGCAUCUCGUACGUCAAAGCCAUUGACAUAUACCUCGUGAUGUGUUUCGUGUUCGUUUUCGCGGCUCUGCUGGAGUACGCGGCCGUUAAUUACACGUACUGGGGCGCGAGAGCGAAAAAACGGGCCAAGUUAAAAAACAGAGACCUCUCCGCUAGCACCAGUGUCGAGAAGGAUCUCAAAAGCUCUGAAGGGACUCGAUCGCCUGAAGAGAUCAUAGCGCUACGGGAGUGUACGCCUACUUCGGGCCGCGUCUCCCCUUUGCUAGGGCUCCGAUCGAAGCCUCUACAGGUGGCCACCGGAGCCCCGCCGUCCCUGAGGCUGCAACGAGACCACACAAAUCUACGAUACAGAACUCGACCGCACUCAAGGAAUUCAAGAAAUGGCGCCACCCAUAAGCCUCGAGUGAUGCACGCGCUUCGGAAAGGCGCAACAGUUUUAAAGGCUUCAAUGCCGAAAAUCCGCGACGUCAACGUGAUAGAUACCUACUCCCGAGUCAUAUUCCCGAUUUGUUUCCUUAUAUUUAAUGCCGUGUAUUGGGUAUUCUAUGUAAUCGAUUAG